GGGUAAAUCAAAAUUCAAAACCCCCUUCCGUUUAGUCCACCUUUCUAGAAAGCCAACCAAAUCAACUAACUCUUCUGUCUUCUUUACUAGUCUUCUCUUCCUCACUGGAGGAGAGGAAGAACAAACACAAGACUUUUCCUUCAAAUUUUUUUUUCUCCAAAUUGUCGCCAUCCCAUUACGACUUCUUCUUGUUCCCUCAAUCCACAUUCCUUUUUUCUCUUUCCCCCAUUUUCUUGCUUCCUUCGCCCCUGUUUAAUUUAGUCUCUUUUGGGCUGUUGCAGAGCUUUGACAAUGGCUUUGACCUUUGAAUCUUCCACCUUUUUUAUUAUCUUUACACUUUCAUAUAUAUAGAAAAGCUUGAAUUUUAUACCAAAUCCAUAUGUCUCUAGAAACUUCACUUGAAUUUAAGUUAUCCCACCUUGCGAACGAGCCAAAAUGCUAUGGUACAGCUGACCAUUUUGAUUAUUCAAGAUUCAAUUUUUAUGUUUGUUCUUUAUUUAUUGUUUGUGUCAAUAUAUACAUAUUUUUAUUCAUAGCCGUCCUUCUUUCUGUUGUUUUUCUUUAGCAGGUGGUUUUAGUUGAGAUCAAGUUUAGAUUUUUUUGGGGUGAUUUGUUCUUUUUGUUGUAAAUUAGCAUCUGGGUUGUUGUUCAUAGACUUUGGCCUUGUUGAUUUCUGGUGGCUCUGUUGUUUAACUUGGUGGUGAUUGAAAGGCUUCUUUUGCUGUUUUUUUUUUUUUUCGGUGGGUUUUUGGGGAUUAGUUGUGAAGCUCAUGUGUUGGGGAAAGUUGAAGUCUAGUGAGUUGAAGUGGGGAGGCUUUUUUGAUCUUUAGAUCAUGGCCACUCACCACCGCCCUCUUUUGAUUCCAUCACCACGCACUCCAGGUGGCCCUGAGCUUCCUUACACCCCUAUAUUUGCUGAUCAGUUGAAAUCCAAUUCUCAAAAUCAACCAAUUUCUGGGAUGGAUACAAGUUCCCAAGUUGAUAACUUAUCAACUUCUACUGAUAACAUUACCCUAAAUUCCUUGUCACAGCGUAGUAAUUCAUCAUAUCAAUCAAGAGCUUCUGGUAGGAGGGAGGUUAACUUUGGUGGGAAUUCAAUUAGUGAGGGAAUCCCAAAUGAGCCCAGAAUACUGCCAAUUAGGCAUGGAUCAAGGGCUGAUUCAGAAGGGUUAGGCACGUCCCAGAAGGAGAUUAAUGAUGAGGAUGCAAGGUUAAUCUAUGUUAAUGAUCCUGGGAGGACGAAUGAAAGGUUUGAAUUUUCUGGGAAUUCUAUUAGGACAGGGAAGUAUUCACUUCUCACCUUCUUACCUCGCAAUCUGUUUGAACAGUUCCACAGAGUUGCUUAUAUUUAUUUCCUUGUAAUUGCUGUCCUCAAUCAGCUUCCCCAGCUAGCUGUAUUUGGCCGGGGGGUUUCUGUUUUGCCUUUAGCUUUUGUAUUGUUAGUUACUGCUGUUAAGGAUGCGUAUGAGGAUUUUAGGAGGCAUCGAUCAGAUAGGAUUGAGAAUAAUAGACUGGCAAUGGUAUUGGUUGAUGAUCAUUUCCAAGAGAAGAAAUGGAAAGAUAUACAGGUUGGUGAGAUCAUCAAAAUUUCUGCUAAUGAGUCGCUGCCAUGUGAUAUGGUACUGCUCUCCACAAGUGAUCCAACAGGGGUUGCAUACGUUCAAACAAUUAAUUUGGACGGGGAAUCGAAUUUGAAGACACGCUAUGCGAAGCAAGAGACCCAAAUGAGAAAUCCAGAGAAGGAUAAAAUUAGUGGGUUGAUUAAGUGUGAGAAGCCAAACAGGAAUAUCUAUGGUUUCCAGGCAAAUAUGGAAAUUGAUAAGAAGCGUGUCUCCCUAGGACCUUCUAACAUUGUUCUUCGGGGUUGUGAGAUCAAGAAUACUGCUUGGGUUGUUGGUGUUGCAGUAUAUGCUGGGAGGGAGACCAAGGUUAUGCUCAAUAGUUCAGGCGCUCCUUCAAAGAGAAGCCGUCUUGAAACUCAGAUGAAUCGAGAGAUUAUUAUCCUUUCCUUUUUUCUUGUAACAUUAUGUACCAUAGUCUCUAUUUGCGCUGCUGUUUGGCUGAGGCGACACAGGGAUGAAUUGGAUAUCAUGCCAUUCUACAGGAGAAAAGAUUACUCUGAAAAUGAGAUAGAAAACUACAAUUAUUAUGGUUGGGGGUUGGAGAUAUUCUUCACAUUUCUCAUGUCAGUUAUUGUUUUCCAAGUCAUGAUCCCAAUAUCACUUUAUAUAUCCCUUGAGCUUGUCCGUGUUGGUCAGGCAUACUUCAUGAUCCGAGACACACAUAUGUACGAUGCGUCCUCCAACUCAAGAUUCCAAUGCAGAGCACUAAACAUAAAUGAAGAUUUGGGGCAAAUAAAGUACAUUUUUUCUGACAAAACUGGUACACUGACAGAAAAUAAAAUGGAAUUUCGCUGUGCAAGCAUUUCUGGUAUCGACUAUAGUGGUGGUGCUGCAGUUGGUCAUGAUGAAGAUGUUGGGUACUCUGCUAAAGUGGAGGACUAUGUUUUAAGACCCAAGAUGAAGGUCAAGGUUGACCCUCAGCUUUUAAAUAUAAUGAACGGUGGGUUUAACACUGAGGAAGGCAGAAAUGUCUGGGAUUACUUCCUUGCAUUAGCUGCCUGCAACACAAUUGUACCUCUGACUACGGAGACAUCUGAUCCUGCUUCAAGGGUGGUAGAUUACCAAGGGGAGUCACCAGAUGAGCAGGCUCUUGUAUAUGCUGCUGCGGCUUAUGGAUUUAUGCUGAUUGAAAGAACCUCAGGCCACAUUGUUAUUGAUGUCCGAGGAGAAAGGCAGAGGUUUAAUGUGUUGGGGUUGCAUGAAUUUGACAGUGACCGGAAGAGGAUGUCAGUUAUAUUAGGGUGUCCAGAUAACUCAGUUAAGGUUUUUGUUAAGGGUGCUGAUACGUCAAUGUUUAGUGUUAUUGACAAAUCAUUAAAUAUGGACAUAGUAGGUGCUACUGAAGGACACCUUCACUCUUAUUCUUCAAUGGGAUUGAGGACUCUUGUGAUAGGAAUGCGAGAGUUGAGUGCUUCUGAAUUUGAGCAGUGGCAAUCUUCUUAUGAGACAGCAAGCACUGCUUUGAUUGGAAGAGCAGCUUUACUUCGUAAGGUUGCUAGCAAUGUAGAAAGCAACCUUAAGGUAUUAGGUGCCUCUGGGAUCGAGGAUAAACUGCAGCAGGGUGUACCAGAGGCAAUAGAGUCUCUAAGAACAGCUGGCAUGAAAGUUUGGGUUUUGACGGGUGACAAACAAGAGACUGCUAUUUCAAUUGGCUUUUCCUCUAAGCUAUUGACAAGCCAGAUGACCCAGAUUAUUAUUAACAGUAAGUCUAGGGAAUCAUGUCGAAAGGCAUUGGAAGACGCAUUGAUCACAUCUCGGAAUCAUUUGGUUGACUCUGUUAACGUACAAGCUACAGGAGGCAUUUACGAGGGCGAUGUUAAUCCACUUGCGCUGAUUAUUGAUGGAACAAGCCUUGUUCAUAUCCUUGACAGUGAGCUAGAAGAACAGCUAUUCCAAUUGGCAAGUAGAUGUACUGUGGUUUUAUGUUGUCGGGUUGCACCGCUUCAGAAAGCUGGCAUUGUUGCCCUCAUUAAGAACAGAACUGAUGACAUGACUCUUGCCAUUGGAGAUGGAGCCAAUGAUGUUUCUAUGAUCCAAAUGGCUGAUGUGGGAAUCGGCAUCAGUGGCCAAGAGGGUAGGCAAGCUGUAAUGGCAUCAGAUUUUGCAAUGGGCCAGUUCAGAUUCUUAGUUCCUCUUUUGUUUGUUCAUGGACACUGGAAUUAUCAGCGGAUAAGCUACAUGAUACUUUACAACUUCUACCGGAAUGCGAUACUUGUUUUUGUCUUAUUCUGGUAUGUACUCUUCACAGAUUUCACUCUCACAACGGCUAUGACAGAUUGGAGCAGUAUGUUGUACUCCAUUGUCUACACAGCGGUGCCCACGAUUGUGGUUGGCAUUCUUGAUAAGGAUUUAAGUAGAAGGACUCUGUUAAAGCAUCCUCAACUUUAUGGUGCUGGACAAAAAGAAGAAGGCUACAAUGCGACAUUGUUUUGGGUAACUAUGAUGGACACCUUGUGGCAAAGUGUAGCUGUCUUCUUUCUUCCUCUCCUUGCAUACUGGCGAAGUGACGUUGAUGUUUCAAGCUUAGGAGAUCUCUGGACUCUUGCAGUUGUAAUAGUGGUCAACUUACACUUGGCCAUGGACGUCAUCAGAUGGUAUUGGAUUACUCAUGCUGUCAUUUGGGGAUCUGUUGUUGCUACUUUCAUUUGUGUGAUGAUUAUCGACGCUCUGCCUUUCCUAUUCGGUUACUGGGCCUUUUUUGUGAUCGCUGGUACCGGACUAUUCUGGCUGUGCCUGCUUGGCAUUACUGUUGCAGCUUUGCUGCCUCGUUUUGUUGUAAAAACUUUCAAACAGUACAUUAGACCCGACGACAUUUUGAUUCAAAGGGAAGUAGAGAAGUUUGGGAAUCAAAUGGAGUCCAGAGAUAGAGAAAUAGAACUCAACCAAAUUUUUGAUAUUCCUCGGAGUUGAGUGAAAAUUUUUGUGUUUUUUUUAUUUCCUCUUUCCACUUCUGUAAAAAAUAGUCAUAUUUUUUAGGGUUCCAUAUCUCUUCCCAACUGGUUCCCAUUGUUGGCUUUCUAUCCCAAGGAUGGAUGUAGCCAUAUCCAUAGAUUUCCAUUGUUUUUUUUGGUGCUCAUGUGUUGUAGAAUAUGUAGUUUUUGGAAAGAUGUAGAAUAUGUAAUUGUACAUUACAUAGUGUUCAUUACAGAGAUGUAUACGUGUAUAAUCAGUUUUUGAUUAGUUAAUCAAAAUAUAAAAUUUUGUCCUCUAUAGGAGUCCAUGCUUUUGUUCAUUCCAUUUUUUUUUCCAGUAUUGUAACUACUUGGCUGAAGUUUAGAGAUUGUAAGAUAGAUAUACACUGACCCUGAG